AUGGCUCAGGACAAGCAAGCGGCAGCCACAGCCACCGCUGCCGACCAAGACUUGGUCGGCAGUGAGCGGCGGUCAAGCGACGCGAGCAGGGACAGGGCGAUCCCGCUGCGGAUCAAGAUUCUGGCCGUCGUGCUCGUCAGUCUGAUCGGAUUCGGGUCGCACUGGAGCGGCGGCGUGACGGGAGCCAUGAAGAGCACCAUCAAAAAGGUACGUUUGGACGUGCGUGAAGAGGAGCGAGGCCGUGCUGACACAGGGGGGCGGCAGAAACUGCGCAUCAACAACGCCCAGUAUGCCGUCUUGGAGGCGAGCCAAGACUUUAUCAAGACGGCCCUGAUCUUGGUGAGCGGCCUUGUGACGGACAGAAUCGGCGGCGCGAGCGCGAUGCUCUGGGGAAACGCCGUGUACAGCGUCGGCGCCAUCCUGAUAGCCGCCGCCGCCACCGUCCGCAGCUACAAGUUCAUGAUUGUCGGCGUCGUCGUCCAGGCCCUGGGAGACGUGGCCACCCAGGUGGCCCAGUACAAGGUCUUCUCGUCGUGGUUCGCGCCGUCCAACGGAUUCGCGUCGACGCUGGGCUUCGAACUCGGACUCGGCAAGAUUGGCGGGUUUGUGGGAAAGGCCACGGCCAACGUGAUUGCCGCCAGGACGGGAGACUUCAAGUGGGUGUACUGGUGCGCCGUCUUCAUGAACCUGUUCACCAACGCGGCGACGCUCGCGUUUUGGCUCUUCACGCGCUGGUGCGAGAGACGCUAUGCCGGGACGCGUGAUCCCGCCACGGGCGAGAGGCUGACGGAGCGCAACAAAAAGUUUGAGUGGUCCAAGAUGCUGCGGAUGCCGUGGCCGUUUUGGCUCGUGGCCGCGUUUACCAUGUUCCAGACCUCGACGGCGUCCGUCUUCUCCCAGAACGCGACCGAGUUCGCGGAGCAGCGAUUCAAGGUGUCUGCCGAGACUGCGGGCUGGUAUUCCGCCAUGUCCAAGUACCUUGGCUUCUUCCUGGUGCCCGUCCUGGGCGUCUUCAUCGACGUCUUCGGCCACCGCCUCAGCAUCAUGGUGGUGUGCGCCGCCGGCAUGAUGCUGUCCAUGUGUCUGGCGGCAUGGGGCCCGACGGUCAAGGGAACUGCGGCCAGCUUCGGCGUGUUUGCCUUUGCUGCGUCCCUGGGCCCUACCGUCAUCAUAGACAGCAUACGGACAGCCAUGUUCUACCAGGAGGUCUUUGGAUCGGGCUACGCCAUCAAGAACGCCAUCAACAACAGCAUGAACAUCAUGAUACGAAUCGUCACGGGAGUGAUCCAGGAUCAGGACCGCGACAGCUACGACAGGGUCGUCAUCGUCUACGUCUUCCUGUCGGCGAGUUCUGUGGUUGUCGGACUCAUCAUGCUUGUUUGGGGGUACUUUGAUGUCAUUCUCGGUCGGCUGCAGUGGACGAGGAAGCAACGACUUGCAAAGGGACACCUGAUCAACAAGCGAAAAGAGGCAUUCGAAAACGACGAGUAUGCGGAGAGGAAUCGCAUCGUCAGCAUGUCCUGUUUUGGAGCGGUGAUUUUCAUGAUACUGGGGGCCUGGGCAGCGUACUUUUGGGGAAUCGCUACGGGCAACAACAAGUAA